GUUACAGUAGCAAGAUGACGGCAACACAUCCUCACCAAUUGGCUAUAAAUCCGUAAAUCCGCACCAUCUCCUCCUGGUCAAGACCACAAUGCCCUCCCUCUCCUCCUCCUCACCAAGCACCUUCACUCCCUUCCAGUACCGCCUCCAGCCCUGGAAGUUCCUCUACCUCACCUCUACGGUCAGCUACACCCUCCUCUUCCGCCUACCCUACCACAGCAUCCGAUGUCUCUUCCCCUCGCUCCGCUCUGGGUGGUCGUAUACGAGGGCACUGAUGAUACCCCUUAUUCGGGUGUUUUGUGAGACGCUGUACGCGACCGGGUUGGAGGCGAUGAUAGUCGAUCCGAGCAAGAGGCCUAAAGAUGCUGAUGCUGACAAGAGGGGAUGGGUGUUGAUACCCCCUCUUGGGGCGCUUGAGGGGGAGCUGGCAGAGCUAGCCGCGAGGAACGGCCUGAAGCCAGAGCCUGUCGGAGGAUACUGGUUUGGCGUGAGAGGUGAAGAUGGUCUAGCGGGCCAGCGAGCAGGUGAAGGAGAGAAGGUGGUGCUGUACCUCCAUUCGGGGGGGUAUGUCGUACGUCCCUCCCCUCCUUCCUGCCCCUGCUCUUGCUCAUCGAAGAAGAUGGGAACCGCCACAGACGCACUGGCGACCAGUGUCAUCCAAGCACUGCUAUCCCUUGACUGGGGAAGGGUAUUCGCCCCAGAGUAUCACGUUGCUCGUUCCUCGCCCUCUACGACUGCCAACCCCUGGCCUACGCAGCUAAUCGAUGCUCUAGCGGCGUAUACGUACCUCUGCUCGCUAGGUUUCGCCGGUCAGAUCCUGGUAUGUGGUGACUCAGCAGGCGGACACCUUGCGUUCGCCUUGGCGCAACAUCUUUCCCACCAGGGGGAGGCAGGGACGCUCCCCUCGCCCGCGGGCCUGCUUUUGUUAAGCCCAACGAUGGACUUUACGCUCUCUUCCUGGGGCCCGAGCUCUUCCCUGGUACGAAACGCGCAAACAGAUGGGCUACAAGCAGUCUUCCUCUCCCAGUACAGCGUCAACUCUCUGCGGGGGACGCUGUCAGUCCAGGAAUGGGAGGAAGACGCGCUCUGCUCCCCCGGCUCUAGGAGCGCGCCGAGGACGUUCGUACAUUCCUGUGGUGGGGAGUUGGC